UCAUGUAACUCAUUAACUCAUGACUUUGAAGGGCAGACAAGGAGGCGCAUUAAGCAUACUUUCUCUCCAACUCUUCACAAAAUCUGCUGUCUUACUGAAUAACUCAUAUUGUACUGAGGUGACAAUUUGAAGUUGGAGUGCUAUUCUUGUACCAGUGGAUCUGGUUCAUCUGGGGGCAAAAUCCUUGUGUUCCCACUGGAUGGAAGCCACUGGGUAAACAUGAAAAUACUUGUAGAGGAACUGCAUGCCAAAGGACACAAGGUCACUGUGGUUCGAGCACCAGACAGCUGGUAUAUCAGUGAGAAGUCUCCUUUCUACACCUCUGUCACCCUUUCCAGCCCAGUUGGCUUUGAGGAAAACUUUGAAACCUUCUUGUCUCCACAGCUGGAGAUCCGGGUUCAGGAUAAGCCCUCAUCUUUUUGGUCUCACGCCUGGAGUCGUUUUCAGAUACAGCGGGUGCUUGUGAACCAGUUCUAUCAGUUCCAUAAGAGAAUGAGUGAAAUGGUUGUUCAGAUGUUUGAAGAUGAAAACCUGAUGCGCUCCCUACAUGAUGCCAAAUAUGAUGUGGUUUUGACCGACCCUGGCAUCGGCGGAGGGGCCAUACUGGCCCAUCGGCUCCAAGUUCCUCUUGUUUUCAAUGUCAGAUGGACCAUUCAAGGUGAAGCUCAUCUUCUUAUUGCUCCUUCACCUCUGGCAUACAUUCCUUUCACUGCAACAGAGUUGACAGAUAGGAUGACUUUCACUCAAAGAAUCAAGAAUGUUAUAAGUUAUACCAUUGGGAUGUACACACUGUCAUACAUGACAGAGCCUCACUACAAACCUGUGGUUAGAAGGUACUUUGGUCCUGAUGUGGAUUAUUUAACGUUUUUCGUGGAUGCUGAUAUAUGGCUUAUGAGAAAUGAUUUUGUCUUUGAAUUUCCACGUCCUACAAUGCCAAAUAUAGUCUACAUGGGUGGAUUUCAGUGCAAGCCCCCAAAGCCGCUGCCUGAGGACUUGGAGGAGUUCGUCCAGAGUUCUGGAGAUCAUGGGGUUAUUGUGAUGACCUUAGGAACUCUAGUUGGGAAGCUUCCUCAAGAUAUUGCGGAGGAGAUUGCAGCAGCCUUUGCUCAGCUACCUCAGAAGGUUAUAUGGAGGUACAUGGGACAUAGGCCAGCCAGCUUGGGCAACAACACAUUAAUGGUCAGCUGGUUGCCACAGAACGACCUCUUGGGACAUCCCAAAACUAGAGUAUUUGUGACCCAUGGAGGCACCAAUGGGAUUCAGGAGGCAAUUUACCAUGGGGUUCCUGUAGUUGGACUUCCCCUAUUCUUUGAUCAGCCUGAUAACCUCUCCAGAAUCAGAGCCAAGGGAGGAGCAGUGAUUGUAGAUAUUGCCAUGCUUGACAGGCACAUCUUUGCAGAUGCACUGAUGACAGUUCUUUACAAUUCCUCUUACAAGGAAAACAUGCAGAUGCUCUCAAGGCUGCACAGAGAUCAGCCUAUGAAACCACUGGACCAGGCAGUGUUUUGGAUAGAAUAUGUUAUAAGGCAUAAAGGAGCCCGUCAUCUGCAGACACAUGCCAACAAGAUGUCCUGGUUUGUUUACAACUCCAUUGAUGUUAUUGCUGCUCUUGUGACCGUUGUUUUGCUUAUAACAUUCACCUGCAUUUCAAUUGUAAGAUUACUGUGGAGAAUGAUUUUUGUUGGGAAAAGGGUUAAACAGGAGUAACAUGAAAUACAAGAGGCUGGUUUUCUGUGUGAAAUUCAGACAUUACCAGACAUUAACAAAACAUGUUGUUUUUUUUCCCAUCCCUUUUUGAUUUCAUUAUUUUUUGGGGACUUCCUAAAUGGGAUGACCCAUCAGUAGUUUUUUUUUUUCAGUGUGAAAGAUAUUCACAUUGCUACAUCUGUCUUUGAAGAGACCUAAAUGUCACUGUCUGCUAGCUUUGCACAGUUUUAGUAUAUUCAUUGUAAAGAUCAGAAUACUUAAAAAAAGUAAUACUUUAAUGUUUUACUGUUUUAGAAAAAAACAAGUGAAAUUAAACUGGUUAUAGGCAGGAUUAAAAAACUGAAUAUUUCAGAAGGUUGUUAUUAUUUUUCUCUUGCUCUAGACAUGGCAAUGUUGGCAUGUCAUCAUACUGUGUGAAGUUACCUGCAUGUUACAGGUGAAUAUUAUAAAAAAUCACAGAUGUAUCAUAGACAGGCAGGUUGAUAGGAUAAAACUUUCUUUUAAUCUUAAAAUGAACUACAAGAAUGAUGCUUAUAAUAAUAAUGCUUGCUGUAUAUUCAAAAAAGGUGCAGUACAUGGCUGAUAAAACAAUACAGUGCAAGAAAAUGUCAUGAGACUGGUUGAGGAAGCCUUGACAGCUUUUGAUUGAACAAGACUAUAUCAGACAAUAUCAAAUAACUAUAACCAUAACACUACUUUUUGCUUGUUUUGUUGUAAAAAGCAGCUUAAAUACUAUAUGUAAUAUAUACAAAAUAUACAUGAUUUUGAUGUAUAGCAGUAAAAAUAAUUUCAAUCUCAUUCUUAACCAUCAGCUGUGCAUUAUAUAUGACGAUAUAUAUUAAUGAGUACAAUUUACUUGAUUAUAAACAUACAGGAUGUCUUGCAUAUUGAUUUAUACCAUAAAUGAUUAUAAAACUAAACUUUUAACAAAAAAUAAUUCCAGAAGAUUCUUGCCUUGGCCAGGCUGUACACAAGACUUCACUGCAUUAACUUACAUACGCUUCAAAUUACACAGGAAAACAUUUGAUGCAGAUCAAACAGCACAUAGAAGUACAGUGCUAGAUUUCCCCACCUAGACCUUUCAGCAUACAAUAUCAGACAGCAGUAUAACAUGGUUUAUAAGCAUAUUACUUUCUUUUAUAUUUCUUCUGGGCCUUUAUGAAUUAACGAAGUGGGAUGGAUGCAGCAUCAGCAGCGUCUUCUUCGUUUUCACAGCUCUGGUUAUUUUGCCCACAGUAUCUUGUAUAUAAAAUAUGUGCAAUGAGUAGCAGGACUAAAAAUGUGACCACAGCAUUUCCGAACCCCUAAAAAAUGGACAGUCAAAACAGAAAUGAGUAAGACACAGAAUCUAAAUGCUCAUCAGCACUGUCAUGUGGACAUCUGUAUUUUAUGGGAAGCUGGUGCUCUCAUCUACAAAUUCAAUUUCUGACACUUGCCAAAACAAAAGCCAUCAUUUUGUUCUUACCUGAGACAAGAUAUAAAACCUGUGUGAGCGAUUCAGAAGUUCUUCUGAAGAAUAAAUUGUUGUGUUGGUUGGUUCACACCACUUCAGAUAAGUUUUGUCAGCAGUUACAAAUGUGCCUGGCCAGUCUGUCUUUGCGCAGACCAUGUACUGGCCAUUGAGCAACAUAAGGGCCAACCACACUACAGGAGGCAGAAGGGCAACCAACAUGCUUUUACCCACACUGUAUCCAUGAAUCAAGAGCAUCAGGAGAGAAGCAGUAACAGCAGGAAUCAAGAAGAAUGGAGCCACAAACACAGCAUUCCAUUUAGGAUUACAAGGACAAGCAAAUUCCACCUCCACAAUCUUCUCCACAGCAGCCAGAAAGAAGCCAAAAACCACAUUUGACACAACAGGGCGCUGUCCAAACUCAUUCUUGAGUCUUGCAAGCAGCUCUUCCUCUGCUCCCAUAACGAUGAUAUGUAAUCUAUACAAAACAAAUAAUGCAGAUAGAAAUAUAGAGAAAAGGUGCACAUUUAGGAAUGAUUCAGGAAUGUCAAAUAAAACCGUUUUUUUUUUUUUUUUUUAAAUCAAAACUGAGCUUUGAUGUAAUAGCUGUACUUUUCAGGAUACAUUUGAUAAGAACUGAUGGAAAAGCUCUCAGCCUCCACUCUGCUGAGUUUUAAUUGGUCUCUUCCUUUUCACCAAAAACACAGCUUCAUAAUAUAUUUAACUUUGAAAUGUAAAUAUGACGGAUUAUUGAAAUUUCUAAAUAAAAAAAGCUUAUGGUUUUUUACUUUGAAAAGAACAUUUUCAGUUUUCAUAAAAUAUAAUAAUGUUAAUGUUAAUAUUUAGAACUUUUCAUGCAUUUAUUAAAUAGACAAGAACAAAUCAGAUAAACAUUGAUUAUGUAAAUCUGGUGUAAAUUGAUUUUAACAUAUUAUAAUUCAGUGUCUUAACAAUUAGAAAAUUUGAUUUGAAGAUUAAGUGUGCUAUACACACUAUGGCUGACCAUAUAUCACAUACUUUAUCUUACUGUCUACGGCAAAAGAAUUUAACACAACCUGAAAUAAAUCAACCAUAACAGUAACCAGUUAGCAUCUGUGUAUUAAAGUCAGUCGUACCUACUUUGAAGUUGAAACAGAAAAAUAUCCUUCAAUGUCCUUCAAAUGAAAAUCUUUCAACAGCUCUGCAUUUGAAAAUGUUUUUCUUCCUUCUAGACCCUUCCUGUUGUCAUGUGGUUUAACUUUUCUUUUUUCUGUAUAAAUCUUCACCACUCGCUUUCCCUCAGUAUAUUGUAUCUUCUUAUUUAUGUCAAGUAGUCCCUGUAAAAAGGAUUCUCCCUAUCAUGGGCAAACAAAACAGUUCAAUACUGGAACUUGACAAGCGAUUUUACAUUAAGAAACAUCUGCACAUUUAUAGAUGUCUGGUCUAAAUGGAGGUUUCUUGUGGUUCAAAACUGAAAGUUCAGAGAAGUUCUUCUUACAGGGUUACGUGACAAAAAUAAACCUGGUUUCUGACACCCUAAACUAUGCUACAUGAGAGUUUAACAUGUAGACACAUCCGGGGAUGGUACAUUAUCUAGAACAUAUCCAGUAUUGAUUACCAUACACAAUAUUUGUUUUUCUGUGUUUUAUCUCCAAUUCUUGUGAUCAUAUACAAUAUCUCACAAAAGUGAGUACACUCCUCACAUUUCAGCAGCCAUUUUAUUAUAUCUUCUCAAGGGACAAUACUAUAGAAAUGAAACUUGGAUAUAAUUUAGAGUAGUCACUGUACAGCUUGUAUAGCAGUGUCACGUGUAAAUAUUUUGUGUGAGCACCAUUGUUAUCUAGCGCUGCCUUAAUCCUCAUGGAAUUCACCAGAGCUGCACAGGUUGUUACUGGAAUCCUCUUCCACUCCUCCAUGAUGACAUCACAGAGCUGGUGGAUGUUAGACACCUCGCACACCUCCACAACUUCUGGAUAUGACGCAGAGCAUGAUUACUCAACUUCUUUGGUCGACCCUGGCGAGGCCUGUUCAGAGUGGAACCUGUAUUGGAAAACCGCUGUAUGACCUUGGCCACCGUGGUGUAGCUCAGUUUCAGGGUGUUACCAAUCUUCUUAUAGCCUCGGCCAUCUUCAUGGAGAGCAACAAUUCUAUUUCUCACAUCCUCAGAGAGUUCUUUGCCGCGAGGUGCCAUGUUGAACAUCCAAUGGCCAGUAUGAGAGAAUUGUACCCAAAGCACCAAAUUCAACAGCUCUAAUCCAUGAUACACAAAUUUGUAUGGUCCAAUCAAACAGGCAAAAACAUGAACAUGAUGAAUAGGACGGUGGUGGCUUUGCAUGUUUGAACGACAUGUACAGGUAUCACUAGGGGUGUACUCACUUGUGUUGCCAGCUAUUUAGACAAUAAUGGCUGUGUGUUUAGUUAUUUUCAGAGGACAGUAAAUCUAUACUGCUAUACAAGCUGUACACUGACUAAAGUAUACCCAAGUUUCAUUUCUACAGUAUUGUCCCUUGAGAAGAUAUAAUAAAAUGGUUGCUGAAAUGUGAGGGGUGUACUCACUUUUGUGAGAUAUUGUACUAAAACCACUCCAGCUUCUGCUUUGAAUGUUCUGUACAUUUUUAACUGCAGAUGUGCAAUAAAAAGUGUGAAAUUCAA